GGACUUAGGACUGAGGGACUACCGCUGUUGGACUCUUUUGGGAAAAGUUGCUUUUGCGUCUUUCAGAUUUCAACCUUUUUUGUGGAAAUACAAGCUCUCCUUUUGACCCUUCUGCAAAGAUGCUGCUCCUACUACUGGGAAUCAUCAGCCUGCACGUCGCUGCUCUGGUUCUCUUGUUUGUGUCAACAAUUGUCAGCGUAUGGACAACAAGUGAAACCACCACCUCAGACCUCUGGAUAAACUGCACAUUGACCAAUGGAGGGUACCAGUGUGAGCCUGCUUCGACCGGAGUGUGGAUUCAGGCGGUCCAGGCUCUCAUGAUCCUGUCCAUCAUCUUCAGCUUCCUGUCGCUCUUCCUCUUCUUCUGUCAGCUCUUCACUCUGCAGAAGGGAGGACGCUUCUUCCUCACUGGAACCUUCCAGAUCCUUGCCAGCCUGUUUGUGAUGAGCGGAGCUAUCAUCUACACGGUGAUGAGUUCAGGGUGGAUACAGAAGACAGACUCCUUCGGCUUCUCCUACAUCCUGGCGUGGGUGGCCUUCCCCUUGGCGCUGAUCAGCGGACUCAUCUAUGUCAUCUUGAGGAAGCGAGAAUGAGACCCUCCUCCAGCCCAGAGUUCCCAGUAACCCCUGCCCAACCCGGCGACAUCAGCCCUCCCCAAAAAUACAAGUUCUGAUGCCUGAGUACGAAUGGCCCACGGAGCCAUCAGGCUAUUACACCCAGAUCACCGCGAGGGGGUAACACCACGAAAACAACCCGCAAAACGACACAAAAACAACCAAUAUUGUCUCAGUUUAAAGAUGUAUAUAGUAUCUAUGGUUUAAAACCUAUUUAUAACACUUUUUACAUAUAUGUACAUAGUUUUUGUGUUGCUCUGUCGACAAAGAUAUUCAUCUGAGCUUUGUUUUAGCUGAUUAAGUGCCUCAGUGUUUGUUUGUAAUGAUGAAAUAAUUAGACGCUAUUUUGUUGUGUUUUCUUUUCCUUUUUUUUCUUUUUUUUUUGUUUUGGUAAUUGCCAAAGAAUUAGUAAAAGUAAAGUUUCUUGAAGUAUUUUAACCAAAGUGCAUGUAUAAAAAUAGAAAGGGUAGAGAUUUUUUUUUUUUUUUUUUUUUUGGAUGAGCUUGCUUUCCAAAAAGAGUGGUGUAACACCCAUGGAUCUAGAGUAGCCAUAAAAUGUAGAUUUGGUCCUUUUCUAUUUGUGAAUUUGCAAGUUUCAGUGUUUUUAUUCUCGUUAUUUUUUUUUUUCUAUUUCUUAUUUUCAACAAAGAUGGUGCUAUGUAUUUACCAUUCCUAUUACUGAUAGCAAUCAUUUACAAUUGAGUUACUUUGUCAUUGUUUAGAGUCAAACAGCUUGCCAUUAAGUAUGUUGAGAGUUAGAGAGGGGUACACUUCUACAUAGGUGAUGUGCCUAAUUGCUUCUUUAGGGAACACAGCCUUUUAUCUGAAUAUUUUUUUUGAUUAGCUACUGUAAAAAUGAAUAACUGAGUUUGGGGUAGUGCAUUGAUGAAAGCAGAGUCAUUUGGAAUGUCAGUAUUAUGCAUUUGACAGUUUGUUAAGAGAUGGAUCACAGUAAAAUUACUGUAUGUCAGCGUUAUUUCAGCUAUUUGCCUCACCUCUUCUUUCCUGUUAAUGUGUUUGCUCACCUCGUGUAUGACUGGUAAACUCUCUAGAUGCCAACCUGCCACUUGGGCAGAAUAUCAGAAAAAUGAAAACGCUCACUGUAGGGCAUUACAGCCUCAGUUCAAACCGCAUUAUUUUAACCUUAUAGAAACAAUGCCACUCAGAUGAAGCCAUAUCAGAAUAGACCAGAGGAUAGGACAAAACGCAUUUAGUAUUAACUGUGUGUGAGUGUAUGGACAGUGAGCUUUGCAGUGAUGAUACAAAUGUCUGUUUCACAUACUUGAAGUUUGACAUGCUGCAGUGUCUGCCCACUGAAGUCUAGUUUUUUUUCUCUCUUCUACUGUAUAAAACAUUGUUUAUAUCUUGUGCAUAACAGAUGUUGACAAUCUAGCCUGAACGCUCACUCAUUCAAUAAAACAACCAGAAAAAGACACUACUUCACUAUUCUUACAUCAUCUAAUAUUGUGUAUUAUUCCACUUUUACAAGGGACUGGAUUGAUGCUAACACUUGAUGCAUGAGGAGCUAGAAAUUACAUAAUGCAGUUACUGAUGUAAUUUUCUAGGCUAAUAUGCUGUUUGUUGAAUGUCUACCUUUAAACUUUGCUACACACAUCUCUAAUUUCAAGCUGUGGGCUGCAAAAAGCAUCAUGUGAAAUCCCUGCCAAUAACUGGGAAUAGAUGUGUCAUUAAAAUUAAUGCAAAUUCUAAA